CGAACCUGGAUUUCGAACAACGAUCGAUCGUCCUUCGAAAUACGGGAGGAAAGCCCUAUGCUGUGCCUAUGAGACUAACCCUUCGUACCACCAUCAACGUGGUCCCACGGGUUUCGUCGAUGAUGGCAGGGAUUUUCCGUAUGAUCUCCUGGGAUGAAUCCGCAGAUGGGGAGUCAUCAACGAAUGAUACGGACAGCAGUGAUGAGGACGAUCUAGAAAUCUCGAAGCUAGCACAACAGCGUGUUUACUACCCGCCACCCAGAACGAUGCAUCUGACCAGUCGGAACAUUCAAAGGACCAAGGCGAUGAUCUUGGGUGAACCCCUCGUGCAGAUUUCGAGGAUGAUCGAUUCUCUAGAACCCCCUCAAACCCUGUACGAAGGGAUCACCCCGCUUCUCUCCAGACACAGCGACAAAAAGCAUUACUGCGACAUUAUAGAUCUACCAAGGUUCCUCUUGACACCUGCAAAAGAAGUGCGACUGUUGCGCUUGGGGGAAGAAGCCAGUUCUUUGGAACCCCCUGGGCGCCUUGAGGCUGACUCAGACGAACUUGGAGUAAAGAUCGCAACUAAAACCGUACCAUGGCAGGAUGUCUGUGACGGAAUCACCCCAGAAGGACACGUGGCCAUCCGAGAAGAAGACGCCCAGAUGAUGGCCACGGUGUUCUCCUGGCAAUCUGACCAUUCCUUCAUUUCUCCACCCCCACCCGAUGUGGCGAAACCCACAUGCACAAAACAGAUAGACGUACGGAUCUGGGACCAACUUUUUGAGUUACACGUGCCACAGUACGUACUUGAUGAGAUUCAUCGAUUGAUUGUGGACAUCUUGACGGAAUAUCGAGAAGUGAUUAGCGUAACAGACACUGACAUUGGUCUAUCGUUAGUCAUUCAACACGAAAUACAGCCGGGGAAUCACUCCCCGAUCCACUGUAAGCCGUACCGAUACUCUCUUAUAGAGCGCAAAAAGACUCUCGAACGAAUUCGGGAAUUCGAAGCCAGCGGGUGGAUUGAAUCGGCCACCGGACCAUGGUCAUUUCCCGUAGUGCUAAUGCCGAAGAAAAACGGAUCAAUUUGCAUAUGCAUCGAUUAUCGCAAGUUGAAUGAAAUCACGAUUAAAGAUAUGUAUCCCCUCUCCCGGAUUGAUGAUUUGUUGGAUGCCAUUGGUUGCGCUAAUUAUUUCAGCAAGUUUGAUAUUCGGCAUGGUUUCCAUCACAUUCUGGUGAAGGAGGAAGAUCGGCCCAAGACGGCCUUCGUGUUGUUUGAAGGCACGUGGCAGUGGGUUCGGUGUCCGAUGGGGAUUUGCAACGCGCCUGCCACGUUUCAGCGAGCAAUGAACAUGACGUUUCAGAACUUCGUCAACAAGACCCGGCUAACACAGGGGAUGAUCAACUUCUGCGUGAUCGUGUACAUGGACGAUAUCCUUGUCUACUCGGAGACCUAUCACGGGCACGCGCAACACAUAGAGUGGACAUUGGGAGCACCGAGAGACGCUGGGUUCAAGAUCGCGCUCGAGAAGAGCGAGUUUUUUCUCUCGGAAAUUUCGUUCUUGGGCUACGUCGUGACACGUGGAGGACUGCGGUCGGACUCAAGAAAGGUUGCGGCGUCUGCGCGGACCCCUACUCACUCCUACCGUAUUAAGGAGAACAGUGCAUCGCUAUUGAGCGAAGAAAAGUGGGACGCGUGGUGGGAGGACUACAUCGAACUCGCCUUCUAUCUAUUGGAGGUAGAGUUCCGCUGGUCAAAAGCAGCCCCGUUCGGAGAAGGACCAGAACACCCAGAGGACAGCGUGGAGCUUCUGAUCAUCCAAGCCUGGAGAACAGCGGAGCAGGGCGAUCUGCUGGGAAUAGUAUUCGGGAAGGUGGAGGAGGGCAAUCUCACCUUGAUCACGGAUGAGUUGCUGGUGUUUCUGACUCAGCUGGCGGACGAUCUGCCCCUAGACAUCUUGUCACGCAGUGACAAGCAACCUGGCACCCACGUGCUGUCUCGAACGCUCGAGCCGCACCUUGUAUGGUCCACGUGUACGGAGAUUGACGAGGACAAUUGUCUUUACCCCUCCCAGACAAUUUACUUGGAGAUCGACGUCACUGAUCUCACCUUUUGGGACCCGAUCGCAAGGAGAAACGCGGCGCAGGACGAGGAGAUAGGGGGAGUGGAGGAAGAGGAGGAAGAAGAGGAGCCAUUGGGUGAAGAGCGGGACAAUCCAGACUACGUCCCGGAAAGAAAAACGAGAGUAGCUAGCGGAUCUGGCCAGCCGAGUAUGAAGAACGAAGGGGAGGAAGAACUGAGGAAGCGGAAGCGCCAGGAUCGGGGUUCCGUGGCAUGAUCCGGAGCCGCCAGAAGAAGAAGACGAUGGAACCGCAACAGAG